AUUCCCACCUCCGAGUGUGUUGUAAAACUGGUUGUGCGACUGCUCAGAUAUCGGUGGUGGGUUUAUAAACACAACCCCGGCAGACUCUCCACCUAGAUUCGCUCUGUUAUUUUAAUCAAAGGUCUGUGUUUGGUUAUUAUUAUGAAGUCAACUGAUCAUUCAAAGACAGGUAUUGUCUUUCCACGCGUUUGUCGUGCACAGCGCGGUCGAAACACAAAACUAUGGUUCUGUAGAUCUAUUGCGCCGGCAUGCCUGUGCGUUUUUUACUGGAAUGUGCUGGGUUUAAUGUCAUCGGAGGACUGGAGGACGGCGCUUUACAGGGCCGCAUUAGAAGCCGAAGUAAGCUGGAUUGUAAACGAUACAGCUGAAGAGGAGGCAGCGUCAGCUUGCUCCUUGAGACACAACAUAAAGAAAGAAGACGACCUGAAGAGAAAGUUUAGCUUCUUUGUGCCUGUUCUGCAGUGGCGUGACUCUUUUAUCAACUCGCACUGGGAAAAGCUCCAGAACGAACCGCUGCCGUACGGAUGGAAAGACCAGCCCUUCUAUGAAAUAGGCAAGACGCUUUCUCUGCUUUCACAUCCCGCCAACAGCCGGCUGCUUGAGCGGAAACCGUCAGACACCUGCGUGCGUUGUGCCGUGGUGGGCAACGGAGGUAUCCUGAACGGCUCCAGGCAGGGGAAAACCAUAGACGGUCACGAUUACGUUUUCAGGGUAAAUGGAGCAAUAAUCAAAGGGUUUGAGGACGACGUCGGGACAAAGACGUCUUUCUACGGCUUUACCACCAACUCUCUCAAGAACUCAUUGGUUGCAUAUUACAAAGACGGCUUCGACAAACUGCCACGUGACCCGGGCAUUGGGUAUAUUUUUAUCCCUGCCGAAACUCGAGACUAUGUGAUGCUGGCAGCUGCCAUCCAGGGCGUGUCUGUACCCUCGGGACCCGAUGAAGGUGACAGGCCCUCAGAAUUUUUUGGAUAUAAGCCCAAAACGCACCAGUUCAAGAUGAUCCAUCCAUCCUUCAUUCAAUAUGUGACUCAAAGGUUCCUGAAAUCUCCUCAACUGGAGGAAUAUAGAGAUUUGUACAUGCCCAGCACGGGUGCGCUGAUGCUUUUGGCUGCUUUACACACUUGUGACCAGGUCUCGGCAUAUGGCUUUAUAACGGACAAUUAUAAAGACUUCUCAGACCAUUACUACGACAAGGCGAUGAAGCCUCUGGUCUUCUACGCGAACCAUGACAUGGAGAUGGAGGGACGUCUGUGGAAGCAACUGCACUUUCAAAAAGUCUUGUGGCUGUAUCAGAGACGGAAAACGACAUGACGUUACUUCAGUGAAUCCUGGGACAUCUGAAAAACAAAACAAAAAAAACAAAACCAAGUAUGCAUAAUGAGGAAAUUGCCAAAAGUGGUAUUUUUGAAGAGUGUUUUGUUCUGGUGUGCAGAUUCUGGUGACUUUAAAUGAAGGACAGCGGCGUGGCGUCCCCCAAGGUUCAGUCCUAGGUCCUGUGCUGUUUAGUCUGUAAAUACAUCCCAAAAAACAGCGGGCCAUAUCCAUGCAGUUCAACCUUAAAGUGCUAUAUUUGAACCUAAAUGCGCAGAAAUAUUAAUGGCAUGAAAUACUUCCAAAAUCAGCUGAGACUGUUCUGUUUCUGUUAUUUUUUUACUGUUUUAUUUUGUCCAAGCUCCUCAGAUCCAGUAUUAACGCUGAUUGGUGUUUAUCUCUCGUCUGUUCCUCUGUACAGAUUCAUCAUUAAAAUACAUUAUUUUGUUUAUUUUUUA